AAUGCAUUUGCAACACUGAGAUGCUUCUAGUGUAUCCAGCCAUUAACGCUUUCCCCCUGUGCGUAAAUGCAUUGCGCACCAUGUGUCUGCCAUUUUAAACUUUGCAUUCACAUCAUUAUUAUUAUUAUUAUUUUUGGUCAAAUCCAGGAUUUGAGCAAGUGAGAUACCGCCAUCAGUGACAGUCUGCCUGCGCCCUUGCCAAUUCGCGCUGGCUCCACCAAUGUUGCCUAGUUUUCUGGUUGCGUGGAAACUAAAAAGGCUGCGCUGAGCGAGCCCUGAACUGUAGGAGCAUUUCCAGUGGCGCGUUGUGGUUGCCAGAGCACAAGUUUAACGAGCUGCAAGAGGACCUGAUGGACGCGAACCAAAAUAUUGACCGAAUCGCUUGCUGGAGAGAGCUCUGAUCCGCUGGAGCACUUUAUUAUGGGCUCUUGCUGAGAAACACAUCAUGAAAAGGAGAGGAAAAGACGCAAAGACGCUCAACAGCUACUGUGGAGGUUGAUGUGGACUUCACCCCAUGCACCCAGGUGGUCCUUCCUGGAGCAUGUCCAUGUCCCACAAUGUCUUUACUUGCAGACUGGCUACUGCGCCACUCAGUGGUCAUGUGUUUGCUGCUGCACAGUCUGGUGCUAAUGACCUUCUGCUUCCACCAUGCUGCCACCAGUUGCUCCAAGAGCUGCUACUGCUCUGAGAGUGAGAGCAACGGUAAAACGGUGCGCUGUAGCAAUUUGCAACUUACGGAGAUCCCCCAAGACAUCCCCAAUGACACAAGACGCAUCUACCUGGACUUCAACCUCUUCACUACAGUCCCAACAAAUGCCUUUGCAGGUUUGCCCCAUCUGGUUGAACUGGAUCUAUCACACAAUGAAUUAAGCCAGCUAGAACCAGGGGCGUUCCGAGGACUGGGCUCCUCGCUACAGUUCCUGGACCUUUCUUUUAACAAGCUAGUUAACUUCAACCCUGAGGCCUUCGAGGGCCUGCGGGCUCGCGCCAAUCUAACAAACAAUCCAUGGCACUGUGACUGCAACUUACAGAUGGCCAUGCCUCGUGUGGAUCUGGAGCCUGCGUCACUGACAGGCAUUGUGUGCCAGACUUCAGAUCCCGAGGAAAUAGGAGUUCAAGGACUUGCCUUUCUUUUAGCACCAGACAUAGACCUAUGUGUCGUGAUGAAGAGGACUACAGACGUGGCCAUGCUGGUCGUCAUGUUUGGCUGGUUCACCAUGGUCAUCUCCUACCUGGUCUACUAUGUCAGGGCUAACCAGGAGGAUGCCCGCAGACACCUGGAGUAUCUCAAGUCGUUGCCCAGCAGACAGGGCAAGUCAGAGGAGUCUUCUACGAUUAGUACUGUGGUAUAGGGUUGAUGGAGCUACACACUGGGACCUGAAGUUGUAAUCUACACCUAACAGAAUGGAGCUACAACCUGCUUAUCCACAGUCAUCCUCAGUCUCAGACAGUUUUGCCCAGUUGUUGUCACAGAGUCAAGGUGGGCAGCUAGACAUAUUCCUGUGCAAGAAAACCAGGCCGAUGCAACCUAGCCCAGAUGAAUAAUUCAUCUUCCAGCAGCCCAUUAGGAGUUUUUGUUGGCUGAGUUGAUGGUCUAGCCUGCGCGCAAACGGAGUAAAAGCAGCUGCGUGUUUUUGGUGAACUCCAAAUAAGGGAUACAAAUGGGAUUUAUCCAGUGGUGCAUGCACCUUGAUGCACCUCUUUCACACACAGACAAUUCAGGAGGCAACGACAAACAGCAAUAUGAACAGCGGGUAAAGAAAACACUCCAAUGAGGAACUUUGUGUACCGUUUUAAAAUCCUUACAGU